CUCUUUUUUCCAUAUUCCCAAAUGCUUGAUCCAACUGCAGCGCCGUUUGAGCCUUCUUCUUCGUCUUCGUCGUCGGUCUCACUCGGUCGCCAGUCGCCCUCAGCCGCCAAUCACAGUAGCACUUCUGCUACCUCAACGAGCACAACUGGCUCAUCGUCAUCCAGCUCCAGCGCUCAGCAGCAGCAGCGCCGCGGUCCAAGGCAACCCAGGCAGCCGCGUGCGAGCCAAGCGAUCGCCAGCAGUGACGCUGCCGCCCCGUCCGAUGCCGACGGCACUGGCACGAAUGCACGCUCUGCAGGCACUAAUACGCAGGCAGCAGCACGCCCGCAGCAGCAGCAGCGACCGCGCAAGACGACGACGACUGGCGCACCACAGCCGAUGUCGUCAUCAGGAUUCGUGUCGCAACCAGACCAGAGCUCAGUCCCAGACGCGGCUGUCGGCAGUGACAAUGCAUCACAACAGGCAUCAUCACAAGCACCGGCGUCGAGUGCGGGUCGCGAUCGCACCCGAGACCGAGACAGGCGGCGAGGAUCACCCAAGCCCAAUGCAAACGUCAAUGCUCAAGCCAAUGCGCCGUCAAGCACCACUACUGAGGAUGGCUCAACAUCCACUCCCGCCGAUUCCGACAUGGUGAAUGCUGCUGCUGCCCCAACAUCAAGACAGCAGCAGUCUCGUAAUACCAACAGUCGCCAACGCAAUCCGCGUCGAGACAUCUCCGAAGUAUCUGCCGAGCACCAACCACCGGUUACAUCAUCCGAAUCGAUCGCCGCUCCAACCCCGCAACGGGUCAAGGAACGUGGACAAUCGCGCAAGACACUGGCAUCACAGUCACCUGGCGCACAGGGCGACGCUCCAGCCUCAAGUAGUGGUCGGAACAGACGAUCCAACACGAGCAGUCCCGCCGCGCAACAACCACACUCAACCAAUAGCAACACCAACAACAACAACCUGCCUUCGACGGAAGACUCGACGACGGCGACGACGACGACCGAGUCACAAACUGCACCACGAAUCAACACGCCUCGGAGUGCAGCUGGACGCCGCAUCCCAAAAAACGUCACCGAACUGACCGCCGACCUCAUUUCCCAGCUCCGCGACAACUCGUACGAAUGCAUGGUUUGCUGCGACCGCAUCACACGCAAACAGCCCGUCUAUAGCUGCAGCAACUGCUACGCAGUCUUUCACAUUGCAUGCCUCAAAAAGUGGGCAUCGUCCGCUGCAUCCACGUCCUCCUCGGGUGGCUCCAACGCCAACGCAGCCGGCUGGCGUUGCCCGGGCUGCCAGCACGUCUCUGAGCGCGACCAAUUGACCUACACUUGCUUUUGCGCAAAAGUGCGAAAUCCCGACUGGAAUCCGCACCACACGCCUCACAGCUGUGGCGAAGUCUGCAGCAAGUCGCGCCGCGGGACUUCCUGUCCGCAUCCUUGCCCUCUAUUGUGCCAUCCGGGUCCCUGCAGCCCGUGCACCGUCAUGCUCACCAAAAAGUGCCACUGCGGCAAGUCGUCGCUCCGUGUGCGUUGCGGCGACCCCACCGCGUCGCUCGCCUGCGAACAAACGUGCGACCGCUUCCAGUCCUGCGGCCGUCACACUUGCCAACAGCGCUGCCAUGAUGGGCCUUGCCCUCCGUGCGACCACUCAGAGACGCAGCGUUGCUACUGCGGCGCCCACACGCGGAUUGUUGCGUGCGGCACUGGCGAGCCUGACUUUGCGCAGCGCCUUCGCACGCCCUCCGAAGGGGCCCCGAGCGAGGCGAAUGUGAUUGACGGUCCGGCGUUCUAUUCGUGUGCCAGUGUUUGCGGAAGCCUGCUUGACUGCAAGCAGCACGAGUGCCGGCGAACGUGCCACGCUGGGCCUUGUGCCGACUGCCCUUUGACUCCUGCACGCGUCACCACCUGCCCCUGCACCAAAACCCCGAUCGACGUGCUACAGCAGAAGCAGUCGGGCGGCGCCACCGCCCGCCGCUCUUGCCUCGACCCUGUUCCCGUCUGCGGCAAAACGUGUGGCAAGCAGUUGCCGUGCGCGCGCUUUGACACGACAGGCAAGGGCAGCCACCGGUGUACCCUGCCGUGCCACGAAGGCCCUUGCUCCCCUUGCCCAUCCUCUGUCCGGAUGGUGUGUCGGUGCAAAAUGUCUGAUCGGACGGUUCCCUGCGCCGAGCUGGCUGCGUUCGGUCGUGAACAGCGCCACAUUGCUCUUGCCUCUGGCGAGAUCACUGCAGAACAGGCUGAGAGCAUGGACGCAGAGGACGCGGAUCACGAGCGCCUGGGCGAAACGCUCACGCAGCUCGCCUUCCGUUGCGACCGUGUCUGUCGUGCGCUGCGCCAUUGCAAGCGCCACAACUGCGGCAUUCGCUGCUGCACCACCGGCGAGCGCAAGAACGCGCCCGAUGCCAGCGGCGUGCACAUUUGCAAGCUGGUGUGUGGCAAAAAGCUGCAGUGCGGCUUGCACAAGUGUGAAGAAGUCUGCCAUCCCGGCCACUGUGCCCCUUGCAUGCAGUCCACCUUUGACGAGGUUGCCUGUGAGUGCGGCAAAACUGUUCUCUUCCCGCCAAUCCGCUGCGGCACAUCGUUGCCGCCGUGCCCGUACCCGUGCACCCGCGAACACGGCUGCUCGCAUCCCGUGCUCCACACCUGCCAUCGCGACGUCAAGUGUCCGCCCUGUGUGACGCUGACGCCCAAAAUGUGCAUGGGUGGCCACGAGCUUCGCAAGAGCGUCCCGUGCCACAUCCAGGAUGUGUCUUGCGGCCGAGCCUGCGAACGCACGCUGUCGUGCGGCCAGCACACGUGCCAACUGACCUGCCACAAGGACGCCUGUCAACAGUUUGACACCCCGCUGCAGCCCGACGAGCUCCGCGCAUGCACCCGGCCCUGCGGGCGCCCUCGGCUCAUGUGCGAGCACGCUUGCGCCACGCCCUGUCACCCGGGCCAGCCGUGCCCAGAAACCCCCUGCCGCGAGCUUGUCCGCAUUACGUGCAAGUGCAACACGCGCCAGCAGAUGGUCCCUUGCGGGCUUGGCGCUGGUGUGCCUGGCUCGAUGGAGGCAACGCGCGGCAUGUCCUUGGUCGACUUUGCGCUGGCCCAGCGGUCGCUCAAGCAGCCCGACCAACAGGCCAUCCCGCUUCGCGUUCGCUCGCACGAGCAAGUGCUCGAGUGCGACGGCGAGUGUGCUUUGGUGGAGCGCAAUCGUCGCCUGGCCGAAGCGCUCGGCAUUGAGCAUGCCAACCUCACCUCCGUGCCCAUCUUGCCCGGUACCAACAGUAGUAGCCACGAGCUGGGCGCAGCGUUGUCGGGCGAGGCCGCCAACACCAACGGUCUGACCAUGGACGCGGCGUCCUACUACCAAGCUGGCAGCGCCGCACCGCAACAGACGCGCCCUGCCGGUGUCAGCGGCGGUGCUGUGAGCUACUCUGCCUUCCUGUUUGAUGCGGCGAAAAAGACUCCUGCGUUCAUCACUUCGUUGGAGGAAACAUUGCACCAGUUCAUCAUGCGCGACACGGCCACUCGGUCGCGCUCGCUGCAAGUGCUCAACGCCCACUUCCGCCGCGUGGUGCACGAGCUUUGCGAGCACUACCGUGUCAAGACGUUCUCGCUGGACGAGGAACCAAACCGAAAUCCAGUUCUCACAAAGACGCCUCUCUCGCACGUCCCCGCCAUUUUGCUCUCGGAAGCCGCGCGGGCGUACAACCCCGACACAAUGGGACCAAUCACUGGCGAUGUGUGGAUUCGCUUUGGAGGUGGUGCGGGAGCCGGAGCAGCUCCGCAAAUUUCGCUUCGAACGGACAGCUUUGGCUCGUUCGCUGUGCGCGCACCCAUGGCCACAUUCCCAGUCCAACAACAGCAGCAACAACAAAGCCCCCCUGUGACUAGCACUGGAUCGUCGGACGUUUGGAACAGCGGUGGUGGUUGGGACGACAGCCCUGCAGCGUCAACGCCUGUUGCCGCAACUUCCGCAUCGAGCUCAGAGGCCCCAGCGUCCCCCGCUGUCACUGCUGCUCCUGCCGAAUCCACUGACUCUGCUGCUGCCCCUGAAGACUGGAUGGCCCGAACGGAAUAAGUUGACUGUUGUUUUCCCUGUCCAAGUGGUUUUGGCUUUUUCUUCUUUUGUUUGUUUGAAUCAAAUCAAUCAGUGAAAACUUCAAACAUC